CACUUGAGCGACGCGGUGCAGCGUGGUGGCUUUGGCCACAUCGAGCUGCAUCGAACCCCCCGCAGCUGUCGCCACGCUUGCACUCCUUGCAUCGCGCCGAUGUGCGUCGCUAUAGUACUCACGUAGGACAUAUUCAGGGACAGGCACUGCUUGCAUUUACCGUCAAAUGACCGUCCUACCGUUCAUUUGAAAACGUUCUUCUUGCCCGGACGGUCUGGAGUCCUUUUGUAGUCUGCCGCGCGGGGCACGACAAAACUACUUGAUUUAGAGCUGGUCGUGUGCUAGUGAACCAGCACUCGGAGUACAGGGCGCUUGCCACGAACUUGGGUCGUUUUCCCGCUGACUUCUAGUUAAACUACUUUCUCUUUAAGCACAACAUGUAAAUAUGCUAGAGGCGUAGGCGCUACAUCAAUAUUAGCAGGGAAAGCAAACGCCAUGCUUGAAGCCCUGCUGCCGGGAGCCGCUGCUUCAGCGGAGGAGAGCAAUGUUUGCGUGGCCGUCAAAAUCCGGCCGCUGGUGCCAGCGGAGGUGGACGACGGCUGCCGGGAGACGCUCUUCGUGACGCCCGGCCUUCCGCAGAUAUCAACCGGGCAGCACAACUUCACAUACGACCAUGUCUUCGGGGAGGAGGGUGCUUCACCCGACCAGCUGUACCCGCGCUGCGUCGCGCCGCUGGUGGCGGGGCUGUUCAAGGGCUACAAUGCCACCGUGUUCGCCUACGGCCAGACCGGCUCGGGCAAAACGUACACGAUGGGCAGCGAGUACAAGCCAGGCGGCAAGUGCCGGGGCGUCAUCCCAGAUGCCAUCAAUGACAUUUUCAGCCGCAUCGAGGCCUCAAAGGACAGCGCCAUCACGGUCCGUGUGAGCUUUGUGGAGAUUCACAAGGAGGAGAUUAAAGACCUGCUGAUGCCAGCUACCGGCGGCCCGCGGCCCGCCAUCACCAUUCGCGAGACGCAGUCGGGCGGCGUGGCGCUGUACGGUGCCGUGGAGCGGGAGGUGCACAGCCGGGAGGAAAUGGCGGAGGUGCUGGAGAUGGGUACGCUGUGCCGCUCCACCGCCUCCACCAACAUGAACAACCGCUCCAGCCGCAGCCACGCCAUUUUCAGUAUCACUCUGGAGCAGCGGCGGCAGGUGGCGGCGCCCGGCACGCCCACCCACGCUGGCGCCAACGACGGUGCCAGCACGCCAGGCGGCGAUGACGAGGGCGACGAGGAGGAUGAAGCGGCCGCAGAGGAGGGCGAGGGUGUGGAGGACUACCUGUGCGCCAAGAUGCACCUGGUGGACCUGGCGGGCAGCGAGCGCGCCAAGCGCACAAAGGCCGAGGGUGCUCGGCUGCGGGAGGGCAUCCACAUCAACCGCGGCCUGCUGGCUCUGGGCAAUGUGAUUAACGCCAUUGUGGACAACCACAAGCACGUGCCGUACCGUGACUCCAAGUUGACGCGCCUGUUGCAGGAUUCGCUGGGCGGUAACAGCCGCACCGUCAUGAUUGCCUGCGUCAGCCCCGCUGACAGCAAUUUCGAGGAGAGCCUGAACACGUUGAGAUAUGCGGACCGCGCUCGGCACAUCCGCAACAAGCCUGUGGUGAAUCGUGACCCCAUCGCGGCGCAGCUGGCCGCGCUGCGCAGCACUGUGGCGCAGCUCAAGGGCGAGAACCUGUCGCUGCGGCGGGCGCUGGCGGCCAGUGGCAACGAGGAGGCGAUGGCAGCCCUGGUCGGCGGCGGGUCCGGAGGCGGUGGAGGUGGAGGCGCGGCGUUGGAUGGGGUUGUGGAGCGGCUAACGCAGGAAAACAACAUGCUGGAGUCGGAGAAUCUGCGGCUGAAAAUGGAGAUGGAUGAUAUGCGGCAGGAGCUGCUGAACGUGACCGACAGGUGGCACACCGCGCAGGCGCAGUGUGACCUGUUGCGCAUGAGUCAGGCGGCCGCGGCACGCAGCCUGCAGUCCCACGCCAGCCUCAACAGCCAGCAGGGCGGCGCCGGAGGCGACGGUGCGGGCGGCAGUGGCCUGUCGGCGCAGCAGGAGGCGGCCUUUGCUGCGGCGGCGGACGGCUCCCUGCCGCUGCCGGGACUGGACAUUGUUAAGGGCUACGUGUCGCGCAUAGCGGAGCUGGAAGCGGAGCUCAAGUCCAUGAAGAGCCUGGCGCACCUGUCCUUUGCACGGCGGCGGCACACUGCACACGGCGGCGAGCCACGCACCCCCGGCGGCGAUGUGACGUCGCCCGGUGACCACCUGGGAGGCCUCUCGCCAGGUGGCGACGGGCUGUCUGCGCUUCACGAGGACACGGAGGACCAUGACGCGCAUGAGGGCGGCGAUGGAGCCGAGGGCGGCGAGCUGGCGGUGGAGGAGGAGUACUUCAUGGCCGAGCUGGCGGCGCACACUCUGAACCAGGAGAAGAUGAAGAAGGAGGUGGCGCUGUUGCAGCGGCAGCUGGAGGCAAAGGAGCGCAAGAUGGUGGAGCUGAUGAAGAACGCCGGCUCCAUGCCCGCGCUGAAGCAGCACUACGACCGCGUGCUGGCGGAGCUGGAGUCGCAGCGGGACACGCUGGUGGCGGAGCGCAAGUCGCUCAUGGAGAAGCUGGCUCAGGUGUCGGCCGCAAACGAGGAGGAGCGCAAGCGGCUGGAGUCGCAGUACCGUGACCGCAUCCAGCAGUUUGACGAGAAGUUGCGGGACCUGCGGCGGAAGGAGCGCGACUUCAUCGCCAUGCAGAAGCUGAAGCAGCGCACGGAGGAGGCGCACCGCCGUCUGUCCGCCGACAUCCUGCGCCUCAAGCAGCAGAAGGUCUCGGUGCAGAAGCAGCUGGACGCCAACGCGAAGCAGUUCGCCACCUGGCGACAGGAACGCGAGAGGGAGCUGGCGCAGCUGCGUAAGCAGAGCCGCAAGGACCGCGCAACCAUUCAGCACCUUGAGGCGAUGCAGGCCAAGCAGAGUGCCGUGCUGCAGCGGAAGAUCUCGGACGCGAACGCCGCGCGCAAGCGCAUCAAGGAGCUGGAGGACAUGAAGCGGCGGCAGGUUGUCCGCGACGCGUCCUCCGGCCCCGCGCAGCAGCAACAGGCCGCUGCCGCGGUGGCCACGCAGCAGGCGCUGGGCGGCACAGUGGAGAUGCAGCCCAACAUCGCGGCGCCCGUGCUGCGCACCGACAAGGACCGGCGCGAGUGGCUGCAGAAGGAGCUGGAGCUGUGCAACAUGAGCUCUGAGUUCAGGAAGGUCAUCGACGGCGAGCUGGCGCAGCGUGCGGAGGCCAGCCGCAAGCUCAAGGAGCUGGAGAAGCGGCUGACGCUGCUGGACCAGCUGUCUCCCGCCAGCCCGCUGCUGCUGGCCGGCAGUGCGCUCGCGCCCAUGACGCCGCUGAGCCCAGCCACCGCGGCGGCGGCCGGCGCGCUGGCGGCCGGCGGUGGAGGUCCGGAGGUGCGGCAGCAGCUCCUGACGAAGAAGAAGGAGCUGGAGGACAAGGUGAGCUACCACAACGGGCAGAUCGGCGACCUGCAGGCGCAGUGGGAGCGGCAGAAGGCGGAGGAAGAGGGGCGCGGCGGCGGCGCGCUGGACGCGCGGCGCUGGGUUGGGCUCCGCAACGUGGUGGAGUGCCGCGAGCUGCUGCGGACGCUGUUCCGGCUGCUGGUGGAGAGCAAGUGCCUGUCCAACGACCUGACGGUGGACAUGGUGCGCUACGGCGAGGAGGUGGACUUGCUGCGCGUGCAGCUGGAGGGCGCCUCCAAAAAGGCGGCGCAGUACCGCAAGCUGGCCACCGCGCUGCAGGCGGCGGCGGCGCACGUGGCCACCGCGCAUCACCACACGGGCGUGUCCGCGCAGGACGAGACCGACAAGCAGGUGGAUGCGGUGCUGGAGGAGCUGCACGUGGUGCGCACCGCUGCCAACACGCCGGCGGGUGCGGCGGCGGGCGCCAACGGCCACGUGGUGGGCCUGCCCAAUGGUGGCCAGGGCCUGGUGGCCAUUACCCUGAGUGGCGAGCUGCAGGGCCUGCCGCAGCUGCAAAUCCAGCGGCAGCAGGCGGGCCCUGCGGGCGUCGCGGGUGCGGUGCCGCCCAGCCCCAUGGACGUGGACAUGGACGAGGCAGGCACACCCGAUACGCCCGACCACGCCCGUGCUAAUGGUGGUCCCGGCAUGGAGCCCAAGGCGUUGGAGUUCCUGUCGCCGGUGCCCUCUGGUGGGCGGAUGCGGCGGAUGCCCUCAGCCGGCGACGGCCUGUCGGCACAGCCCAGCAACGCCCCGCAGCGCUACUCGCCCGAACACGAUGACAGCGAAGACGACGAGGACGGCGGACGCCACGGCCACCGGCACAACAACUCGCGCCGCCGCCCGAAUGCCGCCGACGAGAAUGCGGUCAUGGAUGACCCUAUGGAUGAGGAUGACUUCGUGCAGCAGGGCUUCUCAGAUGAUGACGAUUUUGAAGAGGAGGAGGAGGAGGAUGACGAGGAGGAGGAGAGCGAUGACGACGACGAGGAUGACGACUGGGACCCCUCGAACGCUACACCAGCUGUCAAGGGCCGCGGCAACCGGCGCACCAGCAGCCGCCGUGUGUCGGCUCAGAUUCCUGUCGAGACGUCAGGGGCAGCUGCCGCCGCGGGCAACGGUCCUGAGGAGGAGGAGGCAGCGUCUUCAGGCCGGCGGGCGCUUGGCGGCAACAACCGGCGGCGGACGCUUUCCGGGCGGCGCUCUGGCAGCGUGGCGCCCAACCCGGAGGCAGAGGUGGUAGAAGGGCCGGUGCUCGAUGACAUCAACUUGAAGCGCUACGCACAGGGACACCAGACUCGCCUCACCAAGCUGACUGUGGCUGUGCUCAAGGAUGCGCUCAAGGGGCAGGUGAUCGACGGCCAGAAGUGGCACGCCGGCUCCAAAAAUCGCGCCCAGCUGAUCAGCGACUACCGCCGGCUGCUGGGCCUAGCGGCCCUGCAGCAACAGCAUCAGCAGGCGGAAGCAGCAGGCGAGGACGGGGCACAGAUGCGUCGGUCAGCUCGAAACGGCAGCGCUGGGGGCGAGAUCAGUAUCGGAGGCGCGGGCCCGUUCGCGCUUCGCGUGCCAACGUCUCCGCCGGAGGCCGGGCGCGACAGCGGCGACGGGUUCACCUUCUCGCCACACGUGGCGACGGCAGGGGCACCUGGAGCUGCUGUGCCCAGCCCUGCGGGCGCCGCCAACUCUCGCCGGCCAACCGCAGCGGCAGCAACCGCGGCCGCUGCUAUCGCUGGUCCGGUUGCCGGCACGGGGGCGGGCGCCGGUGCGGGCGCGGGCGGCAACGGGCUGGGGCCUUGGGCUCGCUCAUCUUUGAAUGCGGCCAUCCUCUCAGCUCGGCAGGCCACUACGUGGGCCUCCACGCUCCGCUCUUCCUACAACCUGCCCGCGCCCGCAGACGGGUCCGUGCCUGGUGUUGCGGCUGCGGCUGCAGGCGGGAGCGGCGGGCCGCACCUGACGCGCAUGGGCUCCGGCUCGGCGCUGCCUGGCAGCGGUGGCUCCGGGUCUUUGCGUGGCAGCGCCAGCGGCAAGUCGGCCCUGGGCGCCACCGCCACCGUGGCCGCAGAGGCGACCACCUCGCCGCCGAGUGGCGGCGGCCUCAACAGCGCUCGCCGGCUGCAGGCAUGGGGCAGCGGCUCUAGCAACCACGGCGUCGGCGCGUCGCUUGCCGCCACCGCGGCGGCAGCCGCGGCCUCCGGUGGUAUUGGCUCUGGUGCCUCCAACGUGCGUGACUCGCUUGACUAUCGUGGCGCAAUCCUCACUGCGCCCGUGUUCUGCGCCAGCCCGCGCGUGCCCAAGCCACCCGGCAUGAGCCCACGCAACAGCCCCGGCACGCCACCGUCGCCGCCCACCUCGGGCGGCCGCGUGUCCAGCCUUGGCCGCCACUACGCAGCACCUACCGCCAGCAGCAGCUACGGCGGCAGUGCGAUGAAAGUGUCGCCUGGGCCGCUGGGGGCCGGCUGGACGGCGUCGCUGCGCGGCGGAGGCUCGAUGGCGGACGGCGGUGAGAACAUGCAGCCACCGCAGUCGACCACACCCGGCAGCGGCAAGGGCACGCCGCUGACGAACCUGUACAAGGAGAAGGCGGAGGCGGCGCGGCAGCGCACCGCCGCGCUGCGCGUGAGCAUGCAGCGCAACUGGGACCAGCAGCAGCAGGGUGGUGGAGGCGGCCUGGGCGGCUCGCAUGAGGCGUUUGUUGGAGGAGGCGGUGCGCGGCUCAGCGGCGGCGCAACGGGCGCGGUAACGUCGAGCAUGGACGGGCGUGGCGGUUCGAGCGGCAUUGCAGGGCUGCGGGACAGUUCCGGCUCGGCAGCUGCAGCAGCGGCGGCAGCGGCGGCCAAGAAGGCCAUCUGGCGGUGAGAGGUCGGCGUCGACAGCGGUGUCUGCAUCUGAUGUUGAUGGGUUGCAUUUUGAGGCAGGAGGCAAAGAAUACGGUGCCGUCAGGUGCAAACGACGCACGUUGUUGGGACGUAUAUCCAGCACAUGCGGCGGACAGCGCGGCGUUGCAGACGACUCCGUCGGACAGGAUCAUGGUUAUCAGUAGAGGCUAGGAGUUCUCGGAGUUUGUUCAUUGUGAGUAGAGCAGCUCUGUAGGUAGUAGAUGUAGUGGGCGCAACGUACGACCGUGCAGUUUGGGGACGUUCACAGAAUCCCGGUAUAUAGCCUAGGGACGCAAAGACUCCGAGUUAGGGUGAGGAACGGCAAGUGCCGCACCGUAAUCUUCAGAGCCUGGUGUGUGCGUGUGCCCAACCUAAGCAUCGUGACCCUGGGCGCUUCAGUGUGCUAGACUCAAUUGAGCCCACUUCAGGGACAGAUUCAAUUUGUGGUACGAGAGCUGACCCUCCAUGCUCGGCACGCGCUUAAGUGCUGUGCUGCUAGUGGUGACGCUGGCGUGAUGGUCGGAGGACCGGAAGGCUUCAGUGCCGACAGAAGCGCUGAUGCAAUGAACAGAUUUUGACAGUUUUGCAUGUUUCCCCUGAAAGUUGUAAUGCCAUGCGAGC